AUGCGGCCGCAGCUGUUCCGUGCGGCCGCCCGGUCUCUCCGGGUGCCCAGAGCCCGUGCCUUUGCGACAACAGCCCCUCGCACGGCCGAGGUGGAAUUGACCAUUGAUGGCAAGAAGGUGUCUGUCGAAGCCGGUUCGGCUCUUAUCCAGGCCUGUGAGAAAGCAGGUGCUACCGUUCCCAGAUACUGCUAUCACGAGAAACUGUACGUUGGUGAACAGCUCAUUGAACGCAACGAAUACCGCGACAUGACAAUUACUCACGCGCGUGAUUUUUUUAUAGGUCGUAUGUGUCUCGUCGAAGUCGAGCGCGCCCCCAAGCCCGUCGCGUCCUGCGCCUGGCCCGUCCAACCCGGCAUGGUUGUGAAGACGAAUUCCCCUCUUGUACACAAAGCUAGAGAAGGUGUGAUGGAGUUCCUUUUGGCCAAUCACCCACUUGACUGCCCCGUCUGCGACCAGGGUGGUGAGUGUGAUCUCCAGGAUCAGUCAAUGCGCUAUGGCUCUGACCGUGGUCGUUUCCAUGAGGAGGGUGGCAAGCGUGCGGUGGAGGACAAGAACAUUGGCCCUCUGGUCAAGACCUCGAUGAACCGCUGCAUCCACUGCACCCGUUGCGUGCGUUUCAUGAACGAUGUGGCUGGUGCUCCCGAACUCGGCACGACUGGACGCGGUAACGACAUGCAGAUCGGCACUUACCUGGAACAGAACCUGAACUCUGAGCUGUCUGGAAACGUCAUUGACCUCUGUCCCGUCGGUGCUUUGACUUCCAAGCCCUAUGCUUUCCGUGCUCGUCCUUGGGAACUGAAGCACACCGAGUCUAUUGAUGUCCUCGAUGCGCUGGGUUCUAACGUCCGAAUUGACAGCCGUGGUAUGGAAGUCAUGCGCAUCAUUCCUCGUCUCAAUGAUGAUGUCAACGAAGAAUGGCUGAAUGACAAGUCUCGCUUCGCCUGUGACGGUCUGAAGACUCAGCGUCUGACCACCCCUCUCAUUCGUCGUGAUGGCAAGUUUGUUCCCGCAACCUGGGAGCAAGCCCUGGCCGAGAUCGCCGAGGCCAAGGAGAAGUUGCAGCUGCAGCCCAACGAGUUCAAGGCCGUCGCCGGUCACCUCGUUGACACUGAAACCCUUGUCGCGAUGAAGGACAUGGCCAACAAGCUGGGUUCCGACAACCUGGCCCUUGACCAGCCCGGCGGCAGCGCCCCUAUCGCCCACGGUAUCGACGUUCGCUCCAACUACCUGUUCAACUCCAAGAUCUACGGUGUCGAGGAGGCCGACGCUAUUCUGCUCGUCGCGACCAACCCCCGUCACGAGGCUGCCGUCCUGAACGCCCGUAUUCGGAAGCAGUACCUGCGCUCUGACAUGGAGAUUGGUCUUGUCGGCGAGGAAUUCGAGAGCACCUUUGAUUACAACCAUCUGGGUGCGGAUGUGUCUGCUCUCAAGUCUGCUCUGUCUGGCGAAUUUGGCAAGAAGUUGGCCAACGCCAGCCGACCCAUGAUCAUUGUCGGCAGCGCCGCUGCCGAGCACGCUGACGCCAAGGCUAUCUUUGAGACCGUCGGCAGCUUCGUCGAGAAGCACGCCAAGAACUUCAACACCGCCGAAUGGCAAGGAUACAACGUUCUCCAGCGUGCCGCCUCUCGCGCUGGAGCGUACGAGGUCGGAUUCACUGCUCCUUCCCCCGAAGUCGCCCAGACCACCCCCAAGAUGAUGUGGCUUCUGGGUGCCGACGAGAUCGCCCAGAGCGAGAUCCCCAAGGAUGCCUUUGUUGUCUAUCAGGGUCAUCACGGUGACCGUGGUGCUCAGCUCGCCGAUGUUGUUCUUCCCGGUGCGGCCUACACUGAGAAGUCGGUCACUUACCUCAACACCGAAGGUCGUGUGCAGAUCACCCGCGCUGCUACGUCGACGCCCGGUGCUGCUCGCGAGGACUGGAAAAUCAUUCGUGCCUCUAGCGAGUUCCUCGGUGUUCCUCUACCUUAUGAUGAUGUUGAGGCUCUCCGUGACCGAAUGGAGGAGAUCAGCCCUGUCAUGCGCCAUUACGACGUUGUCGAGCCCACAUCCGUCAGCACCCUGAGCAAGGUUCAGCUUGCCGACCAAAACAAGGGUGCUUCGGCCACUGGAGCUCCCUUCCAGAAGGUUAUCGAGGACUUCUACUUUACCGAUCCCAUCUCCCGAAGCUCGCCCACCAUGGCUCGCUGCUCGGCCGCCAAGGCUACCGGUAACCCCGAAACCAACUUCAUGGCCGCCGGUGAGAUGUCUCCCCAGGCUCUGUACGGUUAA